AUGGGAUCUAAUAAGUUGACAACUGUUGAUGAAACUGAAUGUUCAUCGUCAUCUCAAUCACCUGAAAAUUCAUUUUUACAACCAAGUCCAGCUAAAUCAACAAUACAAAAACACACUCGAAUAAAGGAAAACUUAUACAGACAAGAUGAACAAUGUUUGUAUCUAAAUAUUUUUACUCCAAUCAAUGUAUCAAAUCAAUCGUUAUUACCAGUUCUCGUCUGGAUUCAUGGUGGUGCUCUUCAAACUGGUUGUUCAUCACAAGAUAUUCCUACUAUAUAUAAUGGAACAAAUAUUAUCGCUAAUUCUCUUCAACCGGCUAUUAUCGUAACAAUUAAUUAUCGACUAGGUGUUCUAGCUGAUUUGUAUUUACCAGCUUUAGUUGAAGAAAAUUCACCAGACCAGCCAACAGCUGGUAAUUAUUAUUAUCUAGAUAUGUUAUCAGCAUUACACUGGGUAAAUAAAAAUAUUCGCGAUUAUGGCGGCAAUCCAAAAAAUGUUUUAUUAUUUGGAGAUAGUUCUGGAGCUAGUGCUGUUGUUGACAUUGGUGCAUUAAAAGGAUCAGCCAAUCUUUAUCAACAUAUUAUAUCAGAAUCAGGCGGAGCUGGUCAUUAUAUAUAUUAUUCAAAUGUAAGUGAUGCAAUCCAAAUAUCAAAUAAGAUUGUGCAAAACAUGAAUUGUACACGUGAAAAUAAUGUACUAAUUCUUGCAUGUUUACGUAAUUCUUCAAUUAAAUAUUUGAUUGCGGCAUUCGGUCGUCGUCUGGCAAAACCAAUUAUUGAUGGAUAUUUUUUCCCUUAUCAUCCACUUUUGGCAAUAAAAAAUGGUUUAUACAAUCCAAACAUUACAAUGAUUAUAGGGAACAAUGAACAAGAACCUUUAAUGUGUCUUGAAAAUCCAGAUAUGAAUUCAACUGAGGCUAUUUCAGUGCUAAGUCAAACUAUGCCAAUACAGUGGUUACCACUGACCGUCAAUAAUUAUCAGCUGCAUAGUUGUUCUUCUAAUAGAAAUGCUAGGAAUCGUUGCUGUGAUGUUGCUCGCUUAUUAAUAAUAGAUCAGCUUUUUGAUUGUAAUGUUCAACGAAUAUACAAUAAUUUAUAUAUGAAAUAUCAACAAUCGCAUAAGCUAUAUUGGUAUCAUCUAGAUUGUAAUCCUGGGAUAUAUCCCGAAUUAUCAGUAGAAGAAGAUGCUGGUGUAUGUAGUCAUGUAGAUGAAAUCCCAUUCGUUUUCGGAAUCGUCAGUUCCUAUAAUUCAAUGAAUACCCAUAACUGUACAUGGGAUAGUCAAACACGAAGUUUUUCAAAUCAAAUCAUAUUCACAUUGGAUCAGUAUGGCUCGAAAUGGAGAACCGUUACAACCAUGGCCACAGUAUUCUCCAGCAGCAAAAAAAUAUUUUCAAAUUACACCCUAUCAUGA